CUUCCUGGCGCAGAAAAGAAGAGUGGCUGUAGAGCUCCCUUCCAUUACACCGUGAAGGUCCCUCUCUGUCCUGGUCUUUCUCUCAUCUCCACAGGAAACUAGAGACAAUUUCGGAAUAUUGAGCCUCUCUGUGUCAGUGCCAUGUGACAAGGCUUUUCAUCAUGUGGCAUUUCUUUCCCUCCUAACAAAAAGUCGCUGGCUUUGCCUGUGCGUCCUGGGGGUUAUUAUAAUCAAAGAGGAGCCAAGUGAAGGAAAAAAGGAAAAGAAAAGCCCUUUGGGAAAAUGGAAGUUUUGGCGUUGGCUUGGUCCACUGAUGCUGCUGCUGCUGCCGCCGCUGCUGAUGAUUUUGUGAUUGGUGCAGGGGGGAAACUGCGUCGCCAGCUCUGAAAGGCUGGGAUUCUCGGGUCAUUACAACAGGACUUGCUUUUCGGGAUAACUAGGUUCCCGCAGACGUUGCUGAACGCGUUACAAAUGUGUUUCCUUUAAAUGAGCUUCCACAUCCUCCAGCCCCACAGCUCGUCUUGACGCGUCGGCGUUUGGAUGCGGUUUGUUUUCUCUGCGGCUCCAGCGUCUCUCGCUCUGCUCGCUCGCAAUAUGAUUUAAUGUUGGCACAAUUUUCAACAGGGCACCAGUCUGUGCGGCCACCGGGGAAUCUUUACUGAAAUCCAUCUGCAGACAAACGCCUCACUCCAUACAUCAGGGAAUUUCCUUGACCGCCCUACAGCUGGACUAAUACCACAAGCUUCGGGAUUCCAGGGAUUUUCACUCUGAUCGCUGUCACUCACUAGAGCUGCGUUUUCUCUGAUUUUUUUUUUGAUUUUUUUUAGGGGGAAAUAUAUAUCUGGACAACAUGAAAGUUAUCUUGGCUGUGUUGCUCGUCGCCGUUGUUUGGAGCCAGGAGUGGAAGUCGGUGCUCUCGGAUUCAAUCAUCCACAUCGGUGCCAUCUUUGAUGACUCGGCACGAAAAGAUGAUGAGGUAUUACGCCUUGCCGUGGCAGAUCUCAAUAUGAACAAUGAGAUCUUGGAGACAGAGAAGGUCACUGUUUCUGUGGCGUUCGUUAACGCCAACAACCCCUUCCAGGCUGUGCAAGAAGCUUGUGAGCUGAUGAACCGCGGUAUCCUGGCCCUGGUCACUUCAAUUGGCUGCAUGUCGGCGGGCAGCCUUCAGACUCUGUCCGACGCCAUGCACAUCCCCCACCUCUUUAUCCAGCGCUCCCCAGCGGGAACGCCCCGCUCUGCCUGCCCGCCCACCAGCCGCAUCACUGGAACAGAUGACUACACCCUAAUGGUCCGCCCACCUGUCUAUCUCAAUGAGGUCAUCAUGCAAGUGGUGUCUGAGUACAGCUGGCAGAAGUUUGUCCUCUUCUAUGAUUCAGAUUUUGAUAUCCGCGGUAUUGAGGAUUUCCUGGACCGAACCUCUCAGCAGGGAAUGGACGUAUCCCUACAGAAGGUGGAAUCCAACAUCAACAUGAUGAUCACAAGUCUGUUCAGAACGAUGCGCGUGGAGGAGCUGCAUCGAUACAGGGAUACUCUGCGCAGGGCCGUGCUGUUCAUGAGCCCCGCCACUGCCAAGGCUUUCAUCACUGAGGUGGUGGAGACCAACCUGGUGGCCUUCGAUUGUCACUGGAUCCUGAUUAAUGAGGAGAUCUCCGACUAUGACCUGCAGGAGUUGGUCAUGAAGUCGAUCGGUCGGCUGACUGUGGUGCGACAGACGUUCCCCAUGCCCCAGAACACAACGCAGCGCUGUGUCAAACACAACCACAGGAUCAACACGUCCAUCUGUGACCCCAAAAACCCUAAGGCCCAGCAGCUAGAGAUUACCAACCGCUACAUCUACGACACUGUGUUGCUGCUGGCCAAUACCUUUCACAGGAAACUGGAGGACAGGAAGUGGCACAGCAUGGCCAGUCUGAGCUGCAUCAGAAAGAGCUCCAAACCAUGGCAAGGAGGCAAGAGUAUGCUGGAUACUGUUAAAAAGUUUGGAGUGAGCGGCCUCACGAGUUUCCUGGAGUUCACCGACAACGGCUCCAACCCCAACAUCUUCUUUGAAAUCCUGGGAACAAAUUAUGGAGAAGACCGAGGAAGAGGAGUCAGCAGGCUGGCAAUGUGGGACCCCGUUCAUGGCUUGAAUGGCACACUGACAGACAGGAAGCUGGAGAAUAACAUGAGGGGAGUGGUGCUACGAGUUGUCACUGUUCUGGAGGAGCCAUUCGUAAUGGUGUCAGAGAAUGUUCUGGGAAAACCAAAGAAGUACCAGGGCUACUCCAUUGACGUCCUGGACGCCCUGGCCAACUACCUUGGCUUCAAGUAUGAAAUCUACGUCGCACCGGACCACAAAUAUGGAAGCUUGCAGCCUGAUGGACAGUGGAAUGGGCUGAUUGGUGAACUGGUCUUUAAGCGAGCUGAUGUGGGACUCUCUGCCCUCACCAUCACGCCUGAGCGGGAGAGUGUUGUGGACUUCACCACUCGCUACAUGGAUUACUCUGUGGGUGUUCUGCUGCGCAAGGCCGAGCGCACCGUGGACAUGUUUGCCUGCCUGGCACCGUUUGAUCUGUCACUGUGGGCAUGCAUCGCAGGCACUGUGCUCCUUGUUGGCAUUCUGGUGUACUUGCUCAACUGGCUCAACCCACCCCGGUUACCCAUGGGCUCUGUCUCCUCGACAACACUGUACAACUCCAUGUGGUUUGUGUACGGCUCCUUUGUACAACAAGGUGGAGAGGUACCCUACACCACUCUGGCUACGAGAAUGAUGAUGGGCUUUUGGUGGAUGUUCGCUCUAAUUGUCAUCUCUUCGUACACGGCCAAUCUCGCAGCCUUCCUCACCAUCACGCGUAUCGAGAACUCCAUACAGUCUCUACAGGAUUUGUCUAAGCAGACAGAUUUGCCCUAUGGCACAGUGAUGGAUUCUGCAGUUUAUGACCAGGUCCGCUCUAAAGCCAUGAACCCCUUCGAGAGAGAUCCCAUGUACUCCCAGAUGUGGCGGAUGAUUAACCGCACCGGAGGAGGAGAUAACAAUGUUGAGGAGUCAAAAGAAGGCAUUCGCAAGGUGAAGUUUGGCCGCUUUGGCUUCGUCUGGGACGCCGCCGUGCUCGAAUACGUUGCUAACAAUGACGAGGACUGCUCCUUUUACACCGUCAGCGGCAGGGCGCCAGACCGUGGAUAUGGUAUCGCCAUGCAACAUGGCAGCCCCUACAGGGACAUUUUCUCUCAGAGAAUCUUGGAGCUGCAGCAAAAUGGAGACAUGGAUAUACUGAGACUCAAGUGGUGGCCCAAGGACAGCCCCUGUGACCUCUACAGCUCCGUCCGGACACGACAGCAUGGCAACGCCCUAGACAUCCACAGCUUUGCCGGUGUUUUCUGUGUCCUGGCAGCAGGUGUCGUCCUCUCCUGCCUCAUUGCGAUGGUGGAAAGUUGGUGGUCAAGGAGGAAGGGGUCCAGGGUCCCCUCCAAGGAGUUAAAAGAAUCUGUGUAUUACUCUGACGAUAAGGAGAUCGACCUGGAGCACCUACACCGCCGGGUUAACAGCUUGUGCACCGAGGAUGAGAGCCCCCACAAGCAGUUCUCCACCUCUUCCGUCGAUUUAACCCCGCUUGACAUGGAUGCGCUACCUGCCGCACGCCAGGCGCUGGAGCAGAUCAGCGAUUUCCGCAACACCCACAUCACCACCACCACCUUCAUCCCCGAGCAGAUCCAAACCCUCAGCCGCAGCCUUUCCGCCAAAGCCGCCGCCGCCGGAUUUUCCUCUGGUUUUAAUAGCGGUGGCGGCGUUCUCCAAGACCACCACCGGACUGGUGGGGUCGGCCCUUUCAGGCAGAGGGCCCCCAACGGUGGCUUUUUCCGCAGCCCCCUUAAAACAAUGUCCUCCAUCCCCUACCAGCCCACAGGUCCAGGACCCAACUUUGGAUAUGGCAAUGAUCCAGACAGGGGCACCUCCAUAUGAGGAGUUGCUAUGGAUGUGGUUGUGGCAGGAGGAGGAAGAAGAAGAAGAAGAAGAAGAAGAAGAAGAAGAAGAGGAAGAGGAGGAGAAAGAGCAGGAGGAGGGUCAGUAAUGGGGUGGUAGAUCAAAUACAUAAUAGCUCAGCUAACAAGGCCCAAGAUAAAGAUCUAUGUACAUAGGAAUCGCUCUGUUUUAUAUGUGGAGAAGGAGAUGGAGGUCUUUUGGGGCGUUCCUUAUUCUCCCACAAACCAUGCUGACGAGGCGCAAAAAGGGAUGAGGGGGGGUGUAAUCUUUGCUUUAUUGUUGUUCUUGUGAUUGUUUGGGGGAUUAUUUUGGGGAUAUGUGUGAAAGGGGAUCUUUUUUAUUGGUUCAGUUUUAUGACGUGAGGACGGCUUCAUGUAAGGGAGAGUUGCUGAAAUGACCCGACGCCCAUUACUGUCCAAACGUCACCCUGGAGGGUUUGGUUUAUACGACUCCAACCACGGGAAACUUUUCUAUAGUCGUGUGCGCUCCAGGGCUGCUAUUGUUAAGUGACUGGUGGUGUCUUCAGCCAAGAAGCAACAUCAACAACAACUAAUAAGAAAUGAUGGGGGUGGUUGUUUCACGAGGGUCUACAGUAAAUAGCCCGUAGAUUUGUCUGUAGCCCAGGGAAUGCACACAGCAGCCCCUUGUAGUUUUGACAAGGCCCCAUCUCAGUGGAUAUUGGACGAUUUCACUUCUCCAGGUUUUUUCUGCCUUUUCAUUAUGUGGGAGUCCGUUCUCAUUUUUCUCGGAACAACACGUCUGGUUUUAAACGCGUAAUCAUCGCCGAGAUGGUGUCAACAAAGUGGCCUGACUAGACCCAAGACUUUACAGCUGAACACACGCUGACAGUGAUGGUGCGUUGCUCUGAGAACUGAACCGUUGAAAUGCCAUGACAGCGCAGCAGCCCGACACUGGCGCCGUCAACCUUAAACUCUUUCUGCCAUUUGGUGCAUCGCCCUGAAACGUCACCAUUCUGAUGCACAUUAAAGACUCUUUGUCAAUUCCACUGCACUGUACCAGUGCAAACAGACCUGUAAGUGAUUGUAUGUAGAUCUGACCUUUUUUCUUUUCUCACUUGUAUUGUGCUAUCUGCUUUUCAAUCCAAGGUGAGAUCCUCAAAUCUGACUCUCAGAGGGAUGCUAAAAAGGGAUGAUACAAAAAAAACACCUUAGAGAGGAAAAAAAAACGAGAUAAAAGACAAACUGAAAGACUUCAAAAAGCUAAUGCUUAAUAUAUGUCUUAUUGAAUUUUGUUUAGUUUUUUCUUUUCUUUUUUAAAUAAUGCGUGGAAUGUGUUUUGGUCAGGAAGUACAAAAAAAAAACAUUGUUCUGAAAAGUCUGCUUGUUUUUUUUGUUUAGUUUUUUUCCUCCGCAAACUUUGAAAAACUGCUAAAUGUGUGAUAUAGUCUCUGGUUUUGCAUAACUCGUCAUUCAAACUUUUCCAUUUUUUUGGUUCUCGUCUUUGUUUUUUCCGCUUAAUUUCAGCGCUGCCAUGGCCCGGGGUAUUUUAGAGAGAAAAGCUGAUUCCGUGAGGUCGCGUAUAACGUUUGAGUUCAUCGGUCACUUCUUAUCAGGUUUCAGUGGUGAAAUGGAGCUGAUGCUGUGUUUAGGGAGAAGCCAUCGCCACAGCAUCUACAGUAUAAGCCUUAUACAGUGUGUCAACUAUAGCUAUAGUUAUACCCUCCCAAACCAAAUUUAUUUCCAUGUACAUUUAAGAGUAGCAAAUCAGUGGUCGUGCUAAGGGGUCGCGGGAAUGUCACGACGAGUCGACGGCCAGCAGGACCCAGUGGCUGCCUUUUUAAAAAGAUGAGUUCACAAAUAGACAUUCUACUAUUUCAUAUUUGUAAUGUUAAGAGUUCUGUUUAUGUAACUUGUUUUUAAGUGCCAAUUGAUUAAAAUGAGACCAUUAAGGUGCAUUUUUGUGGGGGCUAAAGGGAAGGGGAACGAUACAUUAAGAUCAUGAAACAAUUCUUUUGUGGAUUGGAAUGGUAACAUUGGAACCAAACCUUUUUUGUUUGUUUUUUUCCUUCUUUUUUUUUUUUCCACUAACACUGUAUUAAUAAUUGAUAAUGUUAGUUGUUUAGAACAAGUUUGUUAUCUUUAAGAACUAAAACCGCAAAAAUCUUGCAUAGAGAACUCAGAAGUCAAACCACGGUGUUUUGAAGCAAGCAUUCUUAGGCGUUCUUUUCUUAUAUUAGGCUACAGUAUGGCUAUUGAAUGACAAAUAGGACACAGACGUUUUAAAAAAUACAAAGUUUUAUUUAGUAUAAAUGAAAGAGACGUUAUUAAAAAAAAGUGUAUAUUUUACAUGUCGAUGCUAUUUUUGUUUAACGAAAAGAACAGAGUAUAUCAUGACGCGUGAGCUGUAGUGUUGAGUUCAGCGGUCACACGACCGCACUUGGUUUUCCCUCGUCCUGCCCGACAGUCAACAUGAACACAAACUCUUUUUACUUUUCCCUCAUGCCGUCCUGACUUUUCAUCCUAUUAUUUGCUGACUAAAUAAACUGUGGCAAGUCGAUGAAAAAGAAAGCAUGCACAAACUUGCUAUUGCGCUAUAUCUGUUAACAUUUUUAAUUUCAUACAUAGAGCUACAGGAUUUAAUUGAUAAUUUAAAAAGAAAAGGAAAAAAAAUGACGAUGUACAGUAUUUAAUAUAGGCCUAUUUUGUUGUAUGUGUUGCAUAUUAUUCAAAAACUGAACAAACUGGGGCCUCUGUUACAAGUGGCAAAGCUUUCUGUGUAUAAUUUGUCUAAUAAACAGGUUUUCUACA